AUGAAGACACAUCAGUUUUUCCUUCUGCCAUUAUUGUUUCUCACAGGCUUCCUGGCAGCAGACAGCAUAGGACCAGAUGAAAAAAAGCUAAAGAAAGCCAAACUUGCCAAAAUAAAAAAGGAGAACAAUGUCCUCUUGCUGAAAAAGAGCAACCUUGACAGAGCAUUGAAGGAAACAAAGUACCUGCUGGUGGAAUUCUAUGUUUCCUUAUCUCAGGCAUCUCAGAAUUUGUCUGAAGAAUUUGCUAAGGCUGCAGGCCAGCUUAAGAAAGAAGCUCCAAGGAUCCAGUUUGGCAAAAUUGAUGUCACUCACCAGCAUGAUCUGAGAAAAGAAUUUCAUAUUCGAGAGUUUCCUACUGUGAAAUUCUUUGUGGAUGGCAGGAGGGAGGAUCCCAUAGACUGCAAAGGAGUCAGACAGGCUUCAGCCUUUAUUACGUGGGUGAAAAGAAGAACAGGACCUAGCACUGUUUUAAUCAAUUCUACUGCUCAGGCUGAAGCCAUCAUAAAUGCUGAUGAUUUGGCAGUGAUUGGCUUUUUUAAGGAACUUCACAAUGACAGUGUGGAAGUUUUCUGUGAGACAGCAAGAGAUGUGCCAGAGAUGCCUUUUGGAAUGACUGCCAGCAAGGACGUCCGUGCUAACUAUGGCAUCCAGAAGAACACUCUUGUUGUGUUUAAGAAGGGAAAACCUGUACAUAAUGAAGUGCUUGAAGAUGGCAGACAGAACAAACUGGAUCUAACAAGGAUAAUCAAAACCUUUACCUUGGAUUUGGUUACUGAAUAUAAUCUUCAGACAUCUGUGAAGAUUUUUGAUGUCCCUGUUGAAAAUCACAUCCUGCUGUUCACCCCAACGAACUUGGAGGCGUUCAGUGCGAUUUAUGAGAACUACACGGCCGCUGCUGCGGAGUUCAGAGGAAAGAUAAUGUUUGUCUUGGUGGAUACCAACGAGUCGCGGAACGGGCGAGUCUUUGAGUAUUUUCGCGUCAGGGAGGUUGAUGUUCCUGCUGUGAGAAUCCUAAACCUGACAAGCGAUGCAAAGUACAAAAUGCCUGCAGACGAGGUGACUGUGGAGAACCUGAAAGAAUUUUGCCAGAGCUACCUAAAUGGCAAAGCUAAGCUACAUCUCCCUAGUGAAGAAAUUCCAGAGGACUGGGACAAGAUGCCUGUCAAAGUGCUUGUUGGGAAGAAUUUCAACAAGAUUGUCUUCAAUAAGACCAUGACUGUGUUUGUUAUGUUUUAUGCCCCUUGGUCCUCUGACUGCAGAAAACUCCUGCCAGUCUGGGACAAGCUAGGAGAGAAAUAUGAAGGUCACAAAGACAUCAUGAUUGCAAAGAUAGAUGUCACAGCAAAUGAUAUCCUGACCGUCGGAUUAGAUCGCUAUCCCUUCUUCAGACUCUUCCCUGCUGGACAAGAUUACCAGGAGGUGGCCUAUGCUGGGGACUAUACCUUGGAGGCAUUUUCUGAAUUCUUAGAAGAAAAAGGAAAGAGGAAAGCACAAGCAGGAGAGAAGGAUCAUUCAGGAGGAAUCAGAGAGGAUCUCAGCCAAAAAGAGACUGCAAUAACAGAGAAAGAAGAACUGUAA